UUUUUCGUUUAAGCAGAAUUGUUCUAAAAUGUGAAUUUGUCUACCUACGGAGUUUUUUCUUCCUCGUAAAUAUUUAGAGGUCAGGUAAAUGAUGGCACAGUUUGGAGCAGGGAAGAACCCACCUUGGGCAAGGACUGGAACAGGUGUGAGCAUGACGCAGCAGAUGUUGACCCCAGGAGUGGCCACACAGGCAGUAUAUAACUUGGCAGCUCAACAGAACCUUCAGUCACAGUUCCAGGCACAACAGAUGGCUGCAGCAACUAUGCAGACGAUGCAGCAGCAAGCAGCAAUGUUACCACAGCCAGGUAUCGCCAUGCCUACAUCUCUAGCCUCGGCAAAUAUGGGGGCAAUUAGUUACCCCACAUUGAAGACACAACAACAGCAACAAGCCUCACAACCUAAACAGAGAGUGUUCACAGGAUCUGUCACAAAGCUCCAUGAUAACUUUGGUUUUGUGGAUGAAGAUGUUUUCUUUCAGACUACGUGUGUAAAAGGUCAGAUGCCAAAGGUUGGGGACAGAGUUCUGGUAGAGGCCCAGUACAAUGCUAAUAUGCCAUUCAAGUGGAAUGCCACUAGUGUGAAAGUGCUCAAUUAUCAGACUGGAGGUGCUAGUUUACCAGGGAGCAAACCUCCAGCUUUGAUGGAUACUGCUACAGCUCGUGGAAAUCGAGGUGACAGAAAUAGAUCUGGUGGCAGGAGUUUUGAUCGGGAACGUGACCGUGAAAGAACACGCCGUCGUGAAGAAAGAGAAAGACGUGAACGUAGAAAGUCUGAGGAAAAAGAUAAAGAAGGAACAGAAGAGAAAGAAAAGAGGAAGAGGUCAAGGUCACCCCGUAAAUCAGGAUCUCCAUCAUCUUCUAGAAGGUCACGCUCUCCAGUCAGGCGGAGACCAAGGAUUAUACCUAGAUAUGUUGUUCAAGUACCCAAAGUUAUCCUCACAAUGAAAGAAGCCAGUGUUGUGUCCUUGAAAUCAAGAUACAGUAACAUGUACAUUCCAAGUGAUUUCUUCAACGCAGAAUUCCCAUGGCAUGAGGCAUUUCCCCUUCUUAGACCAUUUCAGCUUGGUAAGGCCUGUACAUUCCAUGUGAUGCACAAAGAUAUAGAUAGAGUAGGACAAAACACAGCCGUACUUGAUCCACCUGAUGCCGAUCAUCUCUACAGUGCUAAGGUAAUGCUGAUAUCUUGUCCCAGUCUAGACGAAUUGUACCACAAAUCAUGCUCGCUGUCUCAGGAUCCAGAGAAUGUGCAGGAAAACUUCGUGCAUCCAACACGCCUCAUUAACUUUCUUGUUGGAGUGAAGGGAAAGAAUGAGCCUAUAGCAAUAGGAGGACCGUGGUCGCCCUCGCUUGAUGGUGCAAACCCGCUAGAGGACCCGAAAGUGCUUAUCAAGACUGCAAUCAGGACAACAAAGGCUCUUACUGGAAUCAAUCUCAGUUCAUGUACACAAUGGUAUCGAGUAGCAGAGGUGCGUUAUCUGCGCCCCGAGGAGACUCACAAGGGCAAAUUAGUUCCAGCUCGUGUAGAGACCAGUGUCAUCUACCUCCCCGAUGUUUGGAGUUGCGAGCCAACGCACCUUGAAUGGGAGACUUUACAGCUAGCUUACAAAAAACAACUUCAGAAAAAAUUGGCGCAGCUCGAGGGGAAAGAGGAUGCUCAGGACGAAGAUGAAGAGGGUAUGGAUGAGUCACUCGGAGAGAAGAAGGAUCCCACCCACUUCUCAGAACUCGACCCCAAGUCUAUGAAGAUAAUUGAUUUACGGAGGGAAUUAGAAUGUCGCAAUUUAAGUUCCAAAGGUCUGAAGUCUCAGUUAAUCGCACGAUUAACAAAGCAGCUGAAGACUGAACAGGAGCAAGAGGAAGAACAUGCAGCAACUAAAGCUGAGGAGGUUAAGCAGGAGGAGCCGAAAGAGGAAGAAGAGAAGAUGGAUACAGAGGAAGAUGAAGAAAAGAAGAAAAAAGAGGAAGAGGAAAGAAAAAAGGAAGAAGAACGUAAGAAAGCCACACUGGAGAGACGAUAUACACUACCCGAUAAAAAAUCAAUCUUAGUCUACCCAAAUGCAGCUGCAAAGGGAGGCAAAUUUGACUGUUCUGUUAUGUCACUGAGUGUACUGUUAGACUACAGACCUGAAGAUAACAAGGAACAUUCAUUUGAGGUGUCAUUGUUUGCCGAGCUGUUCAAUGAGAUGUUGAUGAGAGAUUUUGGUUUUACCAUGUACAAAAAUUUGUGUGCUGCUCCUGAAAAACCAAAGGAAGAGAAGAAAGACAAAGAUAAGAAAAAAGAGGAUGAGCCAGCUACCAAGAAAAAGAAAACAGAUGAAAAAGACAGAAGAGAUUCAGAUAAAAAGGAUGAAGAGUCAGAGAAGAAAGAUGGAAAGGAAAGUCCAGAAAAGAAAGAUGACAGGAGAGACGAAAAAGAUGAUAAAAAAGAUGAUAAAAAGAAAGAGAAAGAUGACAAGGACAAGAAGAAAGAGAAGCGCAAAUACACGACAAUAAAGCCAGAACUCUUGCUUGCUUGUAUAUACUUUGACCAGAAUCAUUGUGGAUAUAUAUUGGACAAAGAUAUGGAAGAAAUCAUGCAUGCUAUAGGCUUGGCUCUUUCUCGAGCUCAGGUGAAGAAAAUGAUAAAUAAGGUAGUGUCUAGAGAUACGUUCAACUACCGUAAACUGACGGAUGAAGCAGUUGGGGAGGAGGAAAAAACAACAGAAUCAAAUGAGCUUGAGGUAGACUUGGAGAAACUCGCAGCUGGUAACUACGGUAUGUUGAUUCAGAAGAAGGAAGACAAGAAGGAUGAGAAGAAGGAAGGUACACAAACAACUCCUGCUGGUAAGAAGAAGCCAGUGAAGGGUGACACUGAACUGCUGUCAGGGAUGGUGAUGUACAAUGGUGCCAUGCUAGACAUUGACAGUCUGUUGCAGAGACUCAGUAAAGGAGAGAAAUCCAUGGCAGAGUUUGAGAGACUGGUACAACAUGUGGAGAAUGAGAGAGAUCAAGUGAAGAAAGAACUGAAGAAGAAGGAAGAGACAUGUACAAAGUUGACAUCAGACUUGAAAUCAGUGAAGCACGAGUUAUCCGUGCAAACAAGAAUCACAACUAGUUCAGAAUCAAACAAUCGUAAAUAUCUGUCAGCUCUCAUGGAAACCCAGACUUUUGUUUCAAACCUAGCGCACACAGUGACCUCUGCAUUAGGAGAAAUGGCAAGCAUUAAGGUGGAGAAGUUUGAGGGAGGGGGUCAAGUGAAGCAAGAACCACAGAAUGGCUCUGACCAUUAAUUAAACAUUUAUCCACUCUGUGUUCAACAGUACAAUAUUAUGAUGAUUAUGAUUCCAGGUAUAGAUUUAAUCUGUGCUAAAUAUAAUCUGCAGAUGUAAACUAUUGUCAUGCAGAAAAAUCAAAAAGUUUUAAGUGUUAUGUUACUUUUGUUGUUAUUUUGUGACACCUUUUGGUAGUGAACUUGGAUUUUGAUGAAUGUGUACAGAAAUAGCUGUGGGAAUACAUGCAUGGAAACAAAAACUGAUCUUUGGUCAUAUUUGGUUAAUACUGCCAACAUUGGAUAUAUUCAUUUUGUAAGGUUUUAGAAUUUUAAAUGAGAAGUCACACAGAGAGAGGUUAAGUGUUUCAUAUUUUGUUCUUGAAUAGAAUGUCAUUGUAUGCAUUGAGUCUAAUAAGUGUUGUUUUUGUUUUAUCAUUGCUGUAGUAGAGAAUCGAGGUUAUUUUGGUUGUAUCACCACACACAUUUGGAUUAUUUUAUUUAUGGGAAAGUUGUCAUUGUAAUGCAGAACUCUUAUUGCAGUGUUUUGCCUGCUUACAUUUGGGUGUAAAAGAUACCUAACAUGUACCUGUGUAGUAGAGUUCAAGUUUGACAGUAGAGAGGUAUCACAGGACUGUAUUGCAUGUAUCCAUUAGUCAUUGUCCGCACUGAUUCAGGGUACAAUAAACUACCAAUAUUUUACCCUUAAUAUGUUACUUUUGGGCUUUUAGCAGACAGUAUAUUAAUGAAUUGGCAUGCAGAUAUUAUGUAUGUUUAAAUAUGACAAUAAAUAUCUGUACAGGGAGCUUGAAAAGAUAAAUAAAAUGUUUCAGAAAACACAG